ACUAAGCAAUCCCAUCUAAGUUGGAGGGUCUGGAACAACUGUCGAUAUUAAUUAAGUUGCAUUUCUGUGCGAAAAUACAAUGUUGGGAGAACAUUUUCUCAACAAUGGGUGUUUGGAGACAUACGUCGUUAGAUGAAGGAGUGCUUCUUGUACACCAUUCCAGAUAGGACCUCAGCACCUCUCUUGGAGUGCAUUUAAGAAACAAUUCUAACAGGAACAGCUAUUAUGAUUAUGUGUGAUUUAUGGAGAUCAUAUAGAAAUUUACAAAAAUUUUUAGGAAUGUACUACAAACACCUAACAGUGAAACAUUUAGAAAAUUUCAAGGAUCCUAAUACUGGAGCGCCGCUCAAAGUGUAGAGUCAAUGUGGGCUGCUGCAAAGAGAAGAAACAGCCAGAAAUAUGGAUUCAUACCUAUAUGGUGGUUUCAUCCCAGAAUAAUAAAGAUAUUUUUUAAUUAUUUAUUUACUUCAAUUGAUGAAUGAUGAUCAACUGAAAUAUGAAUAGAUAUUAAAUUUGAGUCAAAUAUUGAAAGGACACAUUUUGAUAAAUAUUAGGGAACUCAGUAGUUUUCGCCCAGCUGUGCGUCGAAACAACCGAGCUUAUGUAAAUGAACGAUGUAAUUUCUUCUUCAUCAACGUUGGUUUAGUCACCCAUUGACGAUUGUGAAUAUAGCUCUUCUAUUUCAUUGUACUAUUAUCAGUAAAAUUGUAAUGAGUUAUUAUGUGAACUUUCUCUAAUUAUUAAGUUAAAAUUUUUCAAGAACUCGUAACUACUAAAUCGUAGACCUUAGUUUUCAUAAAUGCAUGAAAAUAUUCCACUAAGAAAAAAAAUCUAAUUCAAGUUAAACAUACUAUAUAACUGUAGAGUUUAUUUAAGGAUUUUUCAUAAAAAUAAAAUAAAAUGAAAUUAUUUUUGUGUUACUCUAUUUUUAUUUAUUUUUUAAAUAUGUUUCAUUUAGUGCUAUGUUAAUCAUUAGUUUUUAAGUGUUGACUUUAGAACUUGUUUAAUUUACAGAUGAUUCUUUUACAUUGUAAUAAAAUCGUUUAAUUGUCUCUUUAUAAAAAUUUCACCGUGGAUAAUAGAUUUAUCAUUUUUAGAUGAAUUAUUCUUCCUCAAAACUUUUACACUUUGGUAUAAACUAAAACCAUGGUAAUAUAUAAAAAUAAAACUUCCAGUUGGAUUGAUAUUUAGACCGUUGCAUCUGUAUACCUUUACUUAAGCUUUAACUUUGAUAAGUGAAAAAGGAGAGGUUUAAAAAUUUUGAUCUUCAAUUUUCACCGACCGGCACCAAAGAGAAAGUAGACGACAUUGGUAAAAUGAAAACAUGUGUUAUUUAGUUGGCUUUGCCUUUGCCUAUGGCCGAUUGGGGGAACGUGUGUGAAAUGUGUUGUGUAAAAUUUAUGUAUUGAUUUUUAUAUUUUUUUAGUUAAAAUAACAGACAAUUUGCCAAAAUGGGGAACGUUAAUGCAUCUAGUCAAAAAAGUACCUCGGACGCAUUUGCUGCAUUUGAACCAGAAAAUGUUGUUCCUUUAGUGGAUGAAAAGUUGGAAAAUCCAGGGUCUAUGGAAGAGCUGCACAAAAAAUGUAAAGAUAUAUUUCCUGUAAAUUUUGAAGGAGCUAAAAUAGCUGUCCAAAAAGGUCUGAGCAAUCAUUUCCAAAUUUCUCAUUCCUUAAAUAUGAGUUCUUUGGCACCAUCUGGUUAUCGAUUUGGUGCUACAUAUGUCGGAACAAAACAAUAUGGCCCUGGUGAAGCAUAUCCUGUGUUAGUGGGUGACAUAGAUCCAGUCGGAAAUCUUAAUGCGAACAUUUAUCAUAAGUUUAAUGACAACAUAAUUGGGAAAAUUCAAGCCCAGGUACAAAGUAGCCGUUGUACAGCAUCACAGUACGUUUUAGAUUACAGAGGUAGUAAUUACACAGCUACAGUUACGUUUGCCAAUCCUGAUGUUGUAAAUCUUUCAGGUGUAUUUGUUGGUCAUUAUAUUCAAAGUAUUACCAAAAAUACUGAUGUCGGUGUGGAACUAGCAUACCAGAGGAGUCUAUCGAUUCCUGGUACCCAACUAGCUCUCACAUCUUUAGCGGCACGAUAUACAGGUGGUGAUUAUAUUGUGUCAGGAACUGCUGGACCAUCUGGUGUCCAUGUGUGUUAUUAUCAGAGAGCCAGCUCACAGUUGCAGCUUGGUGUCGAACUUGAAACGAAUUUCAGGCUUCAAGAAUCAUCAGCCUCGAUAGGGUAUCAAGUCGAUCUUCCUAAAGCUGAUCUUGUUUUUAAAGGAAUGGUUGAUACAAAUUGGAACGUUGGAGCGACGCUUGAUAAAAAGCUGACGCCUAUGCCUUUCUCCCUGACCCUGAGUGGGAUGCUUAAUCAUCAGAAAAACCAGUUCCGACUUGGUUUUGGUUUUAUAAUUGGUUAAGUAAACUAAUAAAAAGAAAAUUAGAAACACUGUUUUAGUUCCGGUUAUUGUGUUUGUUCAGCUCGCAAUUUUGUAACUACCUUUUCUCCCCAUUUUAUACUCUUUUUUUUUACAUAAUUAAUUAAAUUAUUUAUGUUCAUAAAUAUUUUUCAUUACUUAAUGCGUUUAGAUUAGAUUCCUUAACAGGAAAAGGCCUGACAUACUUUAAUUAGUAUCUCUCUUUCUCUCUGUUUGUUCAUAGAUCGCUUGUACAUAGUUAAAACGAUCUCUAUGUACUUUAUAAUAUAAAAAAAGAUUGUAUCCACUUUUUCUUUAAGUUUAACGUUGUUUAUGGUUCGCAUUUGAUUUAAAAUUAAAAUGUGUUAUAUCCAUCUGAUUAAAUUAAAAGAGCAGAUUGCAUUGUUCAAAUAAUAGUUGUGGUUGACAUUAUCUUUAAAAUAUUUUCAUUUGUUAUCAUUUUUAUUUUUGUAACAAUUUAUGGAGGAACGAUGUUUAAAUAGUUGUUUCUAUUUUGUAUAUAAAUUUUGUAGUGUUAUGUUAGAAAUAUUGAUUUUAUAAAUAAAUGAAUUUAUUUAAGAGCAGCAUAGAUCAAUACUUGUAUAUUAUUUAUUUCUGAAAAUUUAAUCAAGCAAGGUUGAAAGAUAUGUAGAUGUAUAUUAAAGAGUUAUUAAAACAAACAGAAAAUCUCAGAUUAAUGAUAAACAUGACAGUGAAUAAAGCACAUAUUAAUUUGUUAUCCAAUUGUGUUACUUCUGAAAUAUAUUUGUUCCUUUAAAAC